CGCGACGGCGCGGAGAUGAGAUUCGUCGCGAGGCUGGGGACUGGCAGUCGAUGGCAUUCAUGCUCGUGCGCUCGAUGAAGCGCAAUUCUGAGGCGGGAGCGAAGAAGGUCGAAGGUCUCGUCGCUGGCGCCAGAGGCUGUGGAGGUGCGAUUCGCGAGGCUGGGUUCUGAGGUUCGGGGUUUGGGGUUUACGUGUCAUCUGUGCCGGAGUUCUUACUGCCCCAAUCGAAGCAGAUUUCGCAGGUUCGAUGUCGACGAUCCGAUGGCGCGGUCAUCCGGAUUUGCAGCAAGGCCUCAGAUGAUGUACUUCUUGGGAAUCACUUGAAGGCCAUUGUCCCAACUGGUUCGGCCAUCGGGCAGAUGCACGGAGUUUUCCCGUACUUUGACCUCUGACCUCUGACGAAGAAACAGCGGUGCUGCAACGACCGCACGAUGGCCAACAACAGUUUUCUUACAUCGGGUCUGAGGAGCAGACAGGUUGGAGCAUCCCGAGCGUUCGUGUGGGGUUGGUUUUUGUGUAUCGUUCCCUUUCUGAUCAGCGGAUGUCAUUCCGUGGCGGACAAGGGAAGGGAAGAGGCAUUCUCCGAAGACCUGUUGAUUCGUCCGCUUUCUGAUGGCAAAGUCUUAAACCACUUUUACUUCAAGAACUACUUGCACACUCUCGGCUCAGCUGCUCACAAUCAUGUCUUUCCGAAGGCCAUUUCUCAACUGGUGCGAAAGUUCCACAUAUCUGAGCUGGAGCUUUCAUUCACGCAAGGCAGGUGGAACUACGAACGCUGGGGAGCUUUGGACCCUGUUGGAAGCUCGAAUGCGAAACCCUCGGGUGUAGAGCUGUGGGCAGAAUUUGAUGUGCCAUCCGACCAGGUUGAUCCUACUUGGAGAAAUUUAACGCACGCCCUGUCUGGCCUUUUCUGUGCCUCAAUAAAUUUUCUGGAAUCGCCUGCCGUGGUUGCUGCACCGAGUCUGGUGUUUGGAUCUAGAAUAAAUAAGGGUGCAAGCAAAGAAGGGCACACGGCUAACGUGAGAAAGAGUGGGGUCGUAAGGUAUGGUGCUCUUCCAAGAGAAGCAGUGUGUACAGAGAAUUUGACACCUUGGCUGAAGCUGUUACCUUGCAGGGACAAGGCAGGUAUUGCCACGCUUUUAGACAGACCGAGUGUGUACAAGGGGUAUUAUCAUUCUCUGAGAGUGCACGUUGGAAGAUCUCAACCCGGUGGAGCUGUCAUUCUAGAGCAAACACUUACUUUAGUCUUGCAGCCGGCACAACUCAGGGAAAGAGGGUCUAAGGAACUUCCUAACUGGUCUCUCACAUCAUUAUUUGCGCGGAAGUUGGAAGGAAGGUGCCCUCUGGCAAAGUCCAGCCAUGUGCUAUUGGAGCUAGAACGGCCGCUUGUUUUGAGUGUGGAACGUCUGGCUGCCAGCAAGUCCGAACCAGCUGAAUUGUCAGAUGAAAAAUCACAGCAGGGGAGGCGGAACGACAAAGGUCGACAAGUGGAUGUUGCCGACAAUCCUGCGUUCCACAUGAGUCCAUAUCCAGACAGGGUCUUUGUAGAGUCCCAGGGUUCUGGGGAUAUUUCGCAAGCUUCUUCAUUGAUGCUGGACUAUGAUCUUCAGAAUCAUAGCAGUGCACGUCCUUUGAAUCUUGCGAUGCUUUGGAAAGAGCGAGUGUACUGGUCAAGCCUUCGUGGGCCCUUCCGUGUAUCUAGGUUUCUCAUCGGAAGUGGCAAUGAAAAGGGGUCACUCGCAAUUGAGCUGAAGAGAAACUUUGACCUGCCGGUGCAAGACGAAGUUGUUGCCGCCAAUGAUGUCGAAGUGACUAUCUUUCAAGUGGUUGCAUGGUAUGUUCGCUUGUAUCUACAUACCCUGACAGCUCGUGUGGACGGAAAUCAAGUUCCUCUCCAAAACAUCAUAACGCAAAUGCUAGUCACUCCUGCUGAAGACCGUCUCUCCCCCGCAGUUUUAGAAGUAAAGCUGAAGCUUCCACGAAAUGUGAGCAUAAUGUCCUUGACCAUGGACUUCGACAAGGGAUUUCUUCACAUAGAUGAGCAUCCUCCAGAUGCAAACCGUGGAUUCGAUCUUCCGUCUGCUUACCUGAACUUUCCAACGUCACAGACCAGAAGGAGAUACGUAGACCUACCGUCUUCUCUCGAGCAAGAGUACCCACUGCUCCAAAAGUUAAAUGAGGCUGGAUCCGUGCAUGUUUACACGGAUAAUUUGUUGGUUCCAUUGGCAACUCCGGAUUUCAGCAUGCCGUACAAUGUAAUCACGUUCACUUGCACGGUCUUAGCUCUCUACUUCGGCUCUCUACUUAAUACACUGCGUCGGCGCAUUGGUGAAGAAGAAAGGCUUGCAAAAAGAGCUUCGGGAGGGAAAUUGAAGGAAUCUAUAUCCAGAUUCAUGGAGGGAAAGAGUGCGACUCAAAAGAAGCUGAUAAAAGUCUCUGGUGUCAUUCUGAUCGCGGGUAUAGCAGUCGCAUUCAAUUACGCUCUCGAGUAUUAUCAAGUACUGUAAUCCAUGCGCUGUUCCGUCCUUCUGUGAGUUGAUCCACAUUCUGAGAGUAAUGGAAUACCUUUCGAUGCCAACACGAAUUCUGGAAGAGUCUUCUUAGUCAUCUGAUCCCGGCUUCUCAUGAGAAGGCGAUAUGGUCAGAGGUACGAAGAUUCACAAGAAACUGCGGAAUUAUUCCACUCAGACUUGAAAGGAAAACGGAGGUUGUGGGAUGUCAUUAUAUGUUCAGUCGGAAAGGUGUAAGUCGAGAUGCCUCCCAUUGAGGUCUUCUGUUCGGAAAGUCCCCUAUUGUUGUGCUCUUCUUCUCCUCGGAGUCGACGAAGGGCCACCUUUUGGAAGCACUACCAGCUCUCGGAGGUACCCGUGAGAAAGGAGACAGGUCAUCGAACAUUUUCUUGAGAGGAUGCAAAGUUGGCCGUGGAAGCUGGAAGGGAAGCGCCACUUUCAGUGCAACGGAGGAAGGUCACAGUGGGCACACAAUCUGACUAACGAAAGAGUUCACACUCGAAAUUGCCAGGUUGUCCAGCAGAAGUUACACUCGAGCUGUAAAUCACGGGUACUACAGGUUUUGACUCGGAGCUUCUUGCCGUGGAUCAUGUGGAAAAGUUUGAGCCCCACGUCAAGGUCAUUGCGAGAUGAUCUUGACGUGGACGUGGAGUUCCUUCUCCCGUUAUGAUUACAUUAUAAUAGUCAGUGGGAGAAUAAAAGGAUGGUGAUAUUUUUCAUAGAUUGGCAAAUUGGUUCUCUUGAUUGCGUACAAUGGAACUGCUUACACAAGGCAUUUUACAUAGUUGCAUUUCUGCAGGUGACAGUUUUGAUGAAAACGGUUCUCGUAAACCAUCUUCACGAU